AUGUCAGAUCAGAAAUCGAAGUUCAAAUAUGCAGUGGAGGUUCAAAGGUGUGAUAUCGAUAUAAUUGUUCCUUGGAAUAGUAGGACCACUGGGUCAUAUGUGUUUAAGCAACUAAAUAGGACACCCUUAAUGCUGGCUGCAAUGUCUGGAAAUAUAAAAGUGGUGACAUGUAUUCUUAAAACCAACAGGGUUGAUAUAAACAGGACUGUUGAUACAAAUAGACUAAGCGCCUUGGACUGCGCUUAUUGUUAUAGUUCUUCCAGUGAGCUACAAGAAGUUUCAAUUGGGGAACAUGAGAAAAGGGUGCUAAUUUGCGAUGAAGAUACUAGAAAACUAUACGAUGAUGAAUCUUAUAGCGAUGGUUGGGAAAAUCUGACAAAUAAUUUCAUGAUGUUCGAUUAUGCAUCCCAGCCUAUUGCAAACCCAAUAUUCAGUUACAAUCAAGCUCAUGGUUCUGGUUCCAUUCAAGCUAAUGAUUUAGCCAAUUACACUGUUCAUGGUACCCGAUUUGGUCAAAAUCAAGCUCAACAUUUUGAACAGUUCCAUGUAAACAAUGGGGGUAGACAGUUCCAACAACUUCCAGGGGCAAAUCAAAGGCAAGCAAGACCAUCAAGGGGUAUGAAUUUCCAACCAUAUGAUUCUGCUAACCAGAGUCCUAAGUUUUUUUAA